CGGGGAAGAGGGCGGCUUCCCGGGAAGCCCGCCGCCGCCGCCGCCGCCGCCAACUCGGAGGUGCGGAGAGGGUUGUUGGGAACUCGGGGCGCGCGUGAGCGUCACCAACGCCGCCGCCCCCCGGGACAGCCCGGAGAAACUCUCAGCGUGGGCCACGGGGCCCUUUGUCACAAGGAGCAAUGCUGUCCCGAUGGGAACUGUCUUUUUACCUGUUUGCUUCCCUAGGCUUCCACUUCUAUUCUUUCUAUGAAGUUUACAAAGUCUCCAGAGAACAUGAAGAGGAACUGGACCAAGAAUUUGACCUGGAGACUGGCACUUUAUUUGGAGGAUUAAAGAAGGACCCAACUGACUUUGAGUGGAGCUUCUGGAUGGAGUGGGGCAAGCAGCGGCUGGUGUGGCUUCUCCUUGGCCACGUGGGUGUGUCUCAAGUAGCCAACCUGCUUGCAAGGAAGCACAAACCCUGGAUCCUCACAGCCUAUGGGAUGUGGGCCUGCUGGUGUGUGCUGGGGACCCAAGGCACAGCCAUGGUUCUUAUUCACACCACCAUCUCCUUCUGUGUUGCCCAGUUCCGGUCGCUGUUCCUGUCAUGGCUCUGUUCUCUCUUCCUGCUCUCUACACUGAGGCUUCAAGAUGUGGAGGAAGUUAAGAGAGGGUGGUACCAGACGGAAAAUGAGUACUACUUGCUGCAGUUCACACUGACCGUUCGCUGCCUGUACUACACCAGCUUCAGCCUGGAGCUCUGCUGGCAGCAGCCGCCGGCUGAGCGCACAUUCUGCUCCUUUCCCUGGAUGGUGGCCUAUGUCUUCUACUACCCAGUCUUCCACAACGGGCCCAUCCUCAGCUUCCCGGAGUUCAUCGCACAGAUGCAGCAGCAGGAGCAGGGCUCGCCGAAGGCCAGCCUUUCCAUCCUUGCCCUGGGGCUGGGCCGCCUCCUCUCCUGUUGGUGGCUGGCGGAGCUGAUGAUUCAUCUGAUGUACAUGCACGCCAUCUACAGCAGCACCUCCCUGCUGAGGGCCGUCUCAUGUUGGACCUUAGGAGGACUGGCGUUGGCCCAAGUGCUCUUCUUCUAUGUGAAGUACUUGGUGCUCUUUGGGGUCCCAGCUCUGCUCAUGCGCCUGGAUGGACUCACGCCACCGCCCCUCCCUCGCUGUGUGAGCACCAUGUUCAGUUUCACGGGGAUGUGGAGGUAUUUUGACGUUGGACUGCAUGAUUUCUUAGUUAGGUAUGUGUACAUUCCAGCGGGCGGGUCCCAGCACGGCCUGCUAGGGACACUGUUUUCCACUGCAAUGACAUUUGCGUUUGUGAGCUUCUGGCAUGGUGGGAAUGACUACCUCUGGUGCUGGGCAACACUCAACUGGCUGGGAGUCACCGUGGAGAACGGAGUCCAGAGGCUUGUGCAGGCGCCGCGCGUCCAGGACAGCUUGGCCCAGUUCCUCUCCCCACAAGCUCGCCGUCGAUUCCAUGCUGCCCUUGCAUCUUGUUCCACCUCCAUGCUGAUCCUGUCCAACCUGGUGUUUCUUGGGGGCAAUCAAGUCGGGAAAAUCUACUGGAAUAGGAUCUUCAUACAAGGCUGGCCGUGUGUGACCCUCUCUGUCCUGGGAUUCCUGUACUGCUACUCCCAUGUGGGCAUUGCCUGGGCCCAGACAUACUCCGCGAACUAAUGGCGCUGGGCCCUGGUCAGCCCUUUUUGCUGGCUUCCAAGACAAAUAGUGCUUCACCCUGACCUUGCACCUCAAGGUAACUUCCAGGGGACCAGUGCCUGAUCUGCUCAUCUUUUGUUGAAGUUACCUCACUCCAAGACUGGAAGUUUGAGCUCUCAUAACUUUGGGAACUUAGAGAUCAUCUUCCCAGCCCAAUCAUUUUCCUGUUGAGUAAGCUGGGGUCCAAAGCAGUAAAAUGUCUUGCCUAGCUGCACAUGGUGACAUUGUGAUCCAGAAUCCAGUCCCAAGGGCCCUUUGGGUUCUUUCUCCUUUACCAAGAAUGAAAUGUAAUAGACAUUUCUUGACUGAGGCAUAGAAAUUCUGAUUAGUGAUAGGCCUGUCCUCCACUGGGCAGUAUUUCUGAAACAUGUUGGGUCAGUGGCAUUUGAGUGUCCCCUUCCCCAUGUCCUGCAGUGUAGUCUGUAGAACCAGCACUGGGUUUAGCUUCACACUUUAGCUCCUCAGCAGGGAGGUGACAAAGCCACAGCUGUGUUUCUAAUUAUUGGGUCAGAGAAGACUGAAUAUGUUCUGUGGCAUUACAAGGAGUCAGUACCCAAGGAGAGCUGUUACUUGAGCUUCAUCAGGGUGAUCUACGUUUGGCUGCUUCUUCCCUAGAUUUGCAGAGAAGUAUAAACGUGGCAGUUCCUCUACCUGACAGUUAACUGUUUCCCAAUAAAGAAGCAGAAUUAAAAAAACAGGGAAUAGUGUAUCACAGACAGGUGCUAUCAGGCAAGUCAUAGAGGGUAAAGAUGACUUCCUGUGGUCUCUCCUCUCUUCACACAAGUCCCAGCAGUCAUCUUCCCACUGAGCGAUUUACACUCCAUGGUUUACCUUGUUUGUUUUGUUUCAAAUAAAAUGGAGCCUUUUCUAUCACAUAGAUAAUUCAUAUUUUUGUAAAAUUGUUUUGAAUAUUUUUUGAGGAAAAUGUUUAAAAUCAAAACACACUUAGCUAAUUCUGAAUUAUUCACUCUUCUGGAAAGAUGCUGACAGGCCACUAAUGGCCCCAAGUGGUAGAUAAUUCAGAAUACUUCUGUUUGGCUUUGGAUUUUUUCUUCUGAGGGGGCAGAGGGUAAGUGAAGCAGUUUCAAAAUUUGAAUCCAGAGUGUACCUAAUUAUGGGAGAAUAGAACAUCUCAAGCACAUGAAUUAAUUGUCAUUGAGUGAGGUGCACCUGGACCUGGUCUGUGCCCCGCUGUCUCCUGUUAGUCAUUUGCUAUUGUCCUUGUGUCCUGGCUGCGGUUAUUAGCUCAAUGAGGUUUAAACUCCUAGUGCAGGACCAUUUUGCUGACGUCCUUUCUUCCUGGCCACUCUGCUUGGAAGAGAGUGGGGAGGGGACCAGCCAUGGAUGCCAGGGAGGGGCACACACCGUGUUAGCUGCAGCAAAGGGCAGAGGCUGGAGGGAGGCAGGCAGACCAGGGCAGCAGUCGCCUUGGCAGCUGGCUUGGUAAAGGACAGGGGGGAGACAGGCAGGUGAGUCCAAGGUGCUGCGAAGUUUUAAGGAGGGGAUGAAGUUGAGGAAGAUUGAGCAGUCAGAUGAAUACAGUAAAACUUCAUGGACUCUUAACACAUUCAAGAUUUGUGGUCAGCCAGAGCCCUCUUGGCUGAAGUUUACAGGGGGAAAAGUAGUGUGAAGAUAAUUGCAGGGAAAUGUCUAAUGCAUGUGCAUAUAUAAACAGUGCAAAAUAUUUUCAACUCUUCAGAGACGCCAUUUAUAUAAAAAUAAAUAGGCUUAUUUACUCAUUAAACUAUAUUGGAAGAGUCAGUGAAUAUAUUUGAAAGUAAUAAUCCUGAAUUUCUUUCAAGCUAUUCUAUGAUUUAGAGUGGUUCUCAGGAAUGAGUAAAUGAUUACUGGCUUUAGCUGUAUAUUUGAGGCCUGGUUAAAGAAUAUGUGGAUUAUCCAGGACCAGUGUUUUCUUUAACCUCUUGCUUUUCUCCAACUGUAAUAUGAAAAUGAUGUCUCUUUUCAUGCAUAUGAGCUCAAAUCUUGCAGUUCCUUUAAAUGAAAGACUCCUGAGGUGUCUGAGUAGACAGAGCAGUUCCAGCUGAGGAGGAUCCGAUGCGUCACUUUCCAUAGUUAUCAGCCCUGGGCCACUUCAAGCACAGGGAAGGGAAACAGCUAGACAGAUCCCAAGGUCAUUUCUAGCCCCAGGAUCCUCCGACUCCAACCUAGCUCUGUGAGCAAACCGGAGAGCUCCAAGCAUGAUCGUCAUGACGAGCCCCAGGGAGGCAAGUAAAACAUCUGAAGGACAGCAAAAUAUUGGUCAUUUUGACUAAUUCUUGGGAGCAUGCAAGAAGACUGAAAAGUAUUUAUUUCGUUAUUUCCUCAGAUUAAUUUAUUUGAAAAGUGACAGCAGAAGCCUUUUGUUCUACUAAAGCCUGCAGACUUAGAAAGAAAAUAUAUCAAUCAUAUAUAUAAUUGUAUAAUGAUCUGCAUAUUGGGAGAACAGUAAUUUAGUGGGAGGGGGUUUCCCCUUAGAGAAAUUGAGACUGCUCAUUGCUUAUUUAAGGUAAUAAUAUAAUUACUGAUUAAGUAUAACAAAUUAACCAUAAUAUAAUGAGUUUCUUUUCUAGCAAAUGUACCAGAACACAUCCAUACAAAAAGACCAACUGUGGAGAAACCAGAUUAUCUUGACGGUCCUGGCCUUUCUCAGUGCAUGUUGAGAUGCCUCUCUGAGGCCCUUCUUCAGGGUAAUUGUUUUAUUUUAAAACCAACCAACAAAAUCCCUCUUUUUUAUUGUUGAAACCCAUUUGUCAUCCAAAAUGUAAUAUCUAUUACGUGGCUCUGUGUUACUUAGUCCUUUUGACUAAUUAUAAAAAUCAUAGUCACAAAGAAAGAUUUUUUUUCAUCAUUGAGGAUAUCUAAAGGGUACAAUAUGUUUAGUGCUUUAUUAGGUGAGACUUUUGACAUGAACAUCAAUC